AUGGACCUGGGAAUGGACCUAUCAGAAGCACAAAAGGAAAGAAUUCUACAACUCAAUCAAUUGGAUGAAUUAAGAAAGUCUGCUAUGAAAAACACAAUUGUAGUUCAACAAAAUCAUAUGAAAUGGCAUGGUAAAUAUAUCAAGACAAAAAAAUUUCAUGCAAGUGACUGGGCUUUAUUAUAUGAUUCCAGAUAUAAAGAAAACCUUAGCAAAUUACAAACACAUUGGCUUGGUCCAUAUGAAAUUGAACAGGUAUUUUCUAAUGGCACGGUCAAGCUGGAAACUAUUGAUAAUGCCAAAUUCAAAUUGUUAGUCAAUGGCCAUCAUCUUCAUCUUUAUCAUAAGUCCAAUAAUAAGGAGGAAUUUCCACAACAAUUUAAAGAACUUCAAAAUCCUCCUGUAGCCAAUAUCGGUGAUCCUCUGGAUUCACCAUCAAUUUGA